UGCAACCGCCACCCUUGUUUCAUUCGAGCCUUGUACUGGCCAUGUGCUGACGCAGGUGCGAUGCGAAAGCCGUUGCCCGACUACUAUGCAGCGCUGGAGAUCCAUGAGGAUUCGGAUGAGCUGACAAUCAAGAAAGCAUACCGCCGCUUAGUCCUGCAGUGGCACCCAGAUCGAAACCCCUCAGACCGCGAGGCGGCCGAGGAGAAGAUCCGGCUGCUAAACAUUGCCUAUGAGACCGUGACCAAUCCGCUGAAGCGCGAAACUUACGACCUGCAGCGCGCAGCAUCCAAGAAGCGCAAGGGGCCCUUGAAGCCGCGCUCUGCUCCACGCGUUGGGGUGCCGAAGGAGUUCAUGAUGCAGCCAGUGGGUCAUCCUGAAAGCUUCGUGCGAAGCUUGGGCCGCAGAGUGGUGGUUCACAGCCGAGGGGACGCCCCGGAUGCCAACUUCCAGUCCUUCUUCCUGGGCAGCAAGUUCGCGCUUUGGUGGCUGCCCGAGGUGAACAACAUGUGCCGCAUCCGCAGCCUGGGAUCCAAGGCGCGCGGCGACAAGCGAGCUGCCGCGGCAGGCCGCGCCGGCGGGCUGAACAUGGCCUUCGACCCACACAAGGCCAAGACAGCCGGGGCUGCGGGCGGUGAGGUGCGAAUGGCUCCCGCCAACAAAGGCCAAAAGGCAGACAGCGUGAACUUUGUCACGAAGGCCAGCCCAAUUUGCGAAGGAGCGCUUCGCUUCGAGUCUGCGAGUCAAAGAGGGCAAUACUUGGCCUUCAUCCCGCCCUCGCAUUUGCGCGUCGUGCCCUUUUUGGAAGAGACAGAGGACCGUGUCCUUGACUUCCUCUUCGUGGACUUUGCGAGCAUGUUCAAGUUCAUUACGCUGCAGGAAGUCCUUGAGCCCAUCUUCAGCAGCGAGGCACCUGGCACCUGGAUUGAGCUGAGCAAGUUGCAGGAUGAUGAGGCGGUGAAGAGCCACUUCAAAGAGGUCAUGGGAAAGGAGGUUUGGGAUGCGGAGGCGGUAAGAGCGAAAAGCAUCGAGGGCGCCUACUUUGAGGGGCACUGGGCUACCUUCGAGUACAAGCCCCAGGAGAAGGUGGCGCGGCUGAGGCCGCGGCACGAGCGCUUGGCGAAGAGGCUUCGGGCCACGCCGAAGGCGGAGGAGGUGGUGGCUGCUGUUUCUCAGUCAGCUGAAGGAGACCUGCAGAACCUACCCAUCGGAGCCCUGGCCAGAGCACUGACUGCCCUGGCCAAGGCGUCAGAGGAUGCAGCCCAUGCUCAGACUGCGGACGAGUCCACGGCAGCUCAGAUCCGACUGCUGGCUGCCUUGCGAGCGGUCAAGUUGAAGGGAGAGGAGUCCACGGACAUUCCAGCCUUUGAGCUCUUGCACAGUGCGGAGAAGGUCCAAGAGCUUGGAGGUGACAAUCCAGACGACACCGUGCUGGUGCAGAGAACUGCUGCUGCCCGGAUCCUGGCAAGCAAGGCCGCGCACGCUGCAAACAAGGAAGGAGGCAUGAUCGAAGCUGGCUUUACUCUUCCUGAUGUCCUGAGGUUCUUACUACUUCCGGGCACCGCCGGCCGCGACAUGCUGUUGGCCACAGCCUGCGUUCCACUGUUUGAAGGCCGCAGGCUUCCAGAGCAGCGGGAGGUCUUGCGCACCGCCAAGGAGCGGAACUCCACGAACCUGGCGGCGGCCGCAGGCACGGCGGUGCUCAAGACCCUAAGCCGCGGAGGUGGGCCUACCGACCAUGUGGCAGCCACUGACGACCAUGUUGAGACUGUCAAAGAAGUGGCCCAGUGCGGCGUGAGGCUGCCGGCGGCAGCUGCACUGCUCAGGCGCAUGGCCGCCACUGCCAAGCCGCUGAAGCUGGCGGAGGCCUUGAUGUCGCUGGCGCAGCGCUGCGGACCCGGCCAGGCUGAAGAUCUGCAAGCCAUUGCCGAAACCUUGGCCAGCAAGGGCUUCGGCGAUUUUUCCCCGGAGCUCUUGCUGGAGAUAGUGCUGGCGUCCUCAAAGAACGAAGUGCUCGAAGCGCUUGUGCUGCCAGCAGCCUCCGCCGCAGCCAACAUCCUGAGCAAAUGGUCUUUUGAGGAUAUGGUGAAGCUGCUACUGGCCUUGGCUCGGCGCAAGUCCUUAUUCUCCCCCGAGGUGGCUGCUGCCUUGAGGGGCGCCGCUGAGAAAUGUCUUACGGCAGAGCAGCUGCAACUGCUGUGCCCGCACGACCUGGCGGGCAUGGCGCUGGCCGCGCUGGGCCACGGCUGGGUGGAGCUGCAGGAGGCCACCUCGCAGGAGCUGCUGCGGCGCUUGCCGCACUUCCCGGCCAAGGACCUGCUCACCGUGACGCCGGUGCUGCUGCAGGCUCAGCCGUCAAAGCUCAUUGGAGCCUGGCCCAAGGUGCUGUCGGCAAGUGAGCAGCCAGCCAAGGACGCCAAAGCCGCUGCCAAGGCGAAGUCAGAGGCGCUGUCGGCAGAUCAGUUGGUUCAGCUGGCCCGCCUUACGAGCCAGGUCCCGGAAACCACCGCGAAGCGGGACGCUUUCCUUGAGGAUUUGGCUGAGCGGCUUCUUCCAAAGGUGCACGAGCUCUCGGCCGCGGGGAGGGCGCGGCUCUCCGCGGAGCUGAAAAGCCAAGGUCUUGGGGCCACUGCGAAGAAAGUGGCCCUCCAGAAGUCUUUGUCCGCCGGAGUGAUCCAGCAACCGCCCACUUCGCAGUCGGAGGGACAGCCCGCGAGCCAGAAGCGGGCGCUUACCCCGACCGGGCCCACCGGUCAGCUCAGCAAGAAGCAGCGCGGAACACAAUUCCGGAACAAGAAGAGGACGCGCUAGACAUCGUCGAAAGUC